UCUGACAGCAGCACAUUGCCUUAGAAUAGAGAGGCAGAGAGAGUGAGCGGUAUGGGAAAGAGAGAUUGUAUGAGGCAAAAAAGGAGUGCAGCGGAUAAACAUUCAGAUGUUACUUCGAACAAGGACGUGUUUCAUUGAGGUUGCUGCUGCAAAACUGUUUUCUUUCCAUAUAUACACACACACACAUACAAAGAGCGCAGUCAGAGAACGAACGCCGCAGGUUAAGAAUCUAUAUGAAAAAUGAGCCUUAAUUAAAAAAAAAAAAAAAAAAAAAAAAAAAAAAAGGGAAACUGUUUUUUUCUGACAAACGGAUGAGCAAGAAAUAUUGAACAAUGUGGAUUACCGGCAAGUUUACCAGAUCUGGGAUUACUAAAACAGGCUGACGCCUAGCCUUGUGAAAAAAACAAAAAACAAAACAAAACAAAAAAAAACAAACAAACAUUGAUCGUUUUUUAAUAAAAUCAAAAGUUGAAUCUUCAUAAUUUGAUUGUGGUUAGACGGUUUAUUUGCAUGCCCUCAAAGCACAAAGCGCCAUCCCAGCCACUGCUGAUGAUGAGAUGCCCCGCAACCACAGCGGAGAUGAGGGCAGCUGUGGGCUCUGGAUGAAAAAUUCACCUGGGCACCGCGCUGAAUUGUAUUGCAUGAAGGAUGUGGAGUCUGGCCAAAGGAUGAAGAACUCGGCGCAAGCGGUGGACGGCUUGCUGCUGGCGGGUAUCCGCUCGUCGCCAUCGACCACAGGUGUAGGAGGUGGAGGAGGGCCAGAAAGUCAGAGUGGGAAGCAAGGAGCCCGCUUGAGCCUGCUUGGAAAGCCGAUCUCGUACAGCAAUAGCCAGAGCGGCAGGAGGAACGUCCGCUACCGGAGACUCCAAAACUGUCUGUACAAUGUGCUGGAGAGACCCCGGGGAUGGGCUUUCAUCUAUCACGCUUUUGUUUUUAUUCUGGUCUUUGGCUGCUUGGUUCUGUCUGUCUUUUCCACUAUCCCAGAAUACCAAGAGCUCGCCUCCCGUUGUCUUCUCAUUCUGGAAUUCGUCAUGAUCGUGGUGUUCGGCUUGGAGUACAUCAUCAGGAUCUGGUCAGCAGGCUGCUGCUGCCGGUACAGGGGAUGGCAGGGCCGGCUUCGCUUUACAAGAAAACCAUUUUGUGUCAUAGAUAUCAUUGUUCUCAUUGCCUCAGUGGCUGUGGUCUCUGCUGGGAGUCAGGGCAACAUUUUUGCGACAUCAGCACUGAGGAGCCUUCGUUUCCUGCAGAUCCUACGCAUGGUGCGUAUGGACAGGAGAGGGGGGACCUGGAAACUCCUGGGCUCUGUUGUUUACGCACACAGCAAGGAGCUAGUCACAGCUUGGUAUAUUGGAUUUCUAGUUCUCAUAUUUUCAUCAUUUCUCGUCUACCUUGUGGAAAAAGAUGUCAACUCCCAGUUUUCUACCUACGCAGACGCUCUGUGGUGGGGCACAAUUACACUGACCACGAUAGGCUAUGGUGACAAGACUCCCCACACGUGGAUGGGAAGAUUGCUGUCUGCAGGGUUUGCCCUUCUUGGGAUCUCCUUCUUUGCACUGCCUGCUGGUAUUCUGGGCUCAGGGUUUGCUUUAAAGGUUCAGGAGCAGCAUCGACAGAAACAUUUUGAAAAAAGAAGAAACCCGGCAGCCAGCUUGAUUCAGUGUGUAUGGCGUAGUUAUGCGGCUGAUGAGAACUCGGUUUCCAUUGCUACCUGGAAGCCUCAUUUGAAGGCCUUGCAUACCUGCAGCCCUACAAAGAGAGACCAAGGGGAGACUUCUGGCAGUAAGCUUUUUUGUAAUAAACAGAAGCUCUUCAGGAUGUACACGUCACGGAGACAUAGCCAGAAGUUAAGCUUUAAGGAACGGGUGCGAAUGGCCAGUCCGAGAGGCCAGAGUAUUAAGAACAGGCAGACAUCAAUAGGGGGUCGCCGGUCGCCCAGUGCUGACAUCACAGUGGAAGGCAGUCCAGCCAAGGUGCAGAAGAGCUGGAGUUUUAACGACAGAACCCGGUUCAGACCCUCCUUGAGGCUCAAGAGCCAGUCCAGAACCACACCAGAUGCUGACACCAGUCUGGGGACAGAUGAUGGAUUUGAUGAGAAAGGGUGUCACUGUGAAGUAUCAGUGGAGGAUCUCACCCCAGCUCUUAAAACUGUCAUUAGAGCCGUCAGAAUAAUGAAAUUUCAUGUUGCAAAGAGAAAAUUUAAAGAAACACUGCGGCCUUACGAUGUGAAGGAUGUGAUCGAGCAGUAUUCUGCAGGGCACCUGGACAUGCUCUGCAGAAUCAAGAGUCUUCAAAUGCGAGUUGACCAAAUUCUUGGCAAAGGACAAAUACCAGGAGAUAAGAAAACUAGAGAGAAGAUUAUGCCAGAGAGUGAGACGACUGAAGACCUAAGCAUGCUGGGACGAGUAUGUAAAGUGGAAAAACAGGUACAGUCCAUAGAAUCCAAGCUGGACUCCCUCUUGGAAAUCUACAGACAGGUUUUACGAAAAGGAUCGGCCUCAGCGCUGACCCUCGCCUCGCUGCAGAUGCCCCUGUUCGAGUUUGAGCCCACCUCUGACUACCAGAGCCCCUUGGACAGCAAAGACGUCUCCAGCUCAGCGCAGUACAGCAGCAGCGUGUCCAGAUCUGCCAGUGCCAACAUUCCCCAAGGAUUGCAACUGAUAUCGACGCCAAACGAGCUGAACAAUUCAGCGUACUAUUCUUACUCUCCAACUAUGCAUGGCUUAGCCACGCAGGUGCCAAUGAGCCAGAGUGAGGGGGCUAUACCUGUAGUGACACCCAAUAACUUGUCAAGCCAAAUGACUCAAUCUUCCAAGCCAGUCGCCCCGACGACCUUGCAGAUCCCCUCUCUGCCAUCCCUUAAGCAUAUCAACAGGCCCGUAAACAUUAUUCCAGUCACCACACAGGAGGGUGCUUCUGAUGUCACUGUCUGCCUUGUUGCUUCAACAGAUAAUGGACAGACUGCACAGACCAAUGCAAAAGAGAAGGGCUCAUGGAGAAGGCAUGUGGGCCUGGAGGGGGAAGCCUCAGUUUCAGGGCCCUCAAUGACGGACAGAGUCUUGGAGAAGUCGCUCUCUGUUCAAGACCUGAUGCAGUCCACGGAGGAGCUCCACACAAACCACUCGAGCAGUGACUCAAAUGGCUCACAAGGGAGCCAGGAGAUCUAUCCCGAUUGGAAGGACACAGAGCUGUUCAUAACAGACAAGGAGUUGGACGCAGGGACCAUGACAGAGGGCUUUGAUUUCCUCACACAGUCCACAGUGGACGCAACACUCCCCGCUGACUUUCUGAUGCCUGGAAUAGGAAGAUCAUCUCAAAGUACUGGUGGAACCGGGGACAACUCCGACUCCCUCAGCCUGCCUCAUGUCCGACUAAAAUAGCACCACACAGGAGAGUUUUCUUUGUAAACUUAGUACUUCCUUUAAUCAUACAUAUCAUUGCAUGGACUAUUCCUAAAAAAAUAAAAAAUAAAAAUGUAAUCGGACGUAAACUUGCAAGAACCUGAAAGAAUCCGAAAGGCAGUUGUAUGAGCCCAUAAUCUCCUAGCUGCAUGACAUGUGCAUGUUUAAAUUAACAGUGCAUUUAAUUACUGUAAUAUACAUACAUCAAGCCCUUUCCGUUAGCAAGAGUACAAACAGAUUUUGUGGUAAUCUUUCUAGCUAAUGCAACAGAGAUCUGCCAAAUCCUAAUGAUUGAACUUACUAAAAUGUACUGUUACUUAGCUGCAGCAGUCAUUAAAAAAAAUAGUUUAGCAUUUUACUUUCUGGUGGGAAAAACCCUACCGUUAGUGGGUAAUACAGAAUUUUAUGUUUACAAUGAAAUAUCUUAAGUACAGCUGCUAGCAAAGGUACUGAGGAAAACAGAAUAGUAUGGCUGCUACUUACAGAACACACUUUUGGUCAUUUACUCUUUGGUUGAAUGUUCAUUUCUACAUAUCCUUGGUCAGUCAGUGAGUGAUGUGUACAGCAGCACUAUCAGAACAUUCUCAAGAACAAACUUUUCAUACAAAAUGUGGAAAAACUUUUUUUCAGAGGAUUUAUUAUUAUUAUUACUAUGGUAGAAAGGAAGUUACUGCAGUCUUAAGUGUAGCUUUAAAUGCCUCAAACUGUAAGAUAAAGGACUCUGCCAAACAGUUGUAAGUUACCCUCAACUUCUUUCUUUCUUUUUUUUCAAACAUAUUCUUGGAUGUUACUCAUCAGCUGUGUGACAUGAAAGUUAAUGACAUACUGUACAAUGUAUAUAUCAUCACGUUAAUAUGUGUAUGAGAUGUCUGAAUACUGGGUAGCAGUGUACUAUAGUUUAUGUUUAAAUCAAUGCCAACAGGUGGAUCCAGAAGGCUGUCUUGAAGCACAAUUUGCUCUGAAGUGAUCUGCCAAGCAAUGCAAAAUGCAUACCAAUUUAUAACAUUCUGCCACAAGCUAUCUAUGUAUGAAAGCCAUGAUAAAGCUAAAUAAACAGAUACAAAAUGUCAGACUGCUUAAAGCUGGACAGCAAAGAACAAUAACAUUUUUCAACAUCUCAGAAACAUUAACUUAUUUGGCAUACGUUCUACAUUUCAAAUGAUAAAGGAUUCAGAUUUUUAAUGAAUGUCCACAUUUGGCUAAACUAAAACUGAAUUAUUGUAUAACAUACACCCUAUACAGAUGUAAUGAUUUGUUUCCUUUCUUUGAUCAGAUAUGCUUUAUGGUGCCUUUCUUGCAUACUGUUUGUAUUUUGUAUUCAAACUGUUACAGGUCUCCUGUAAUGGAGACUUCUAUUCUGACGAUGAUAUCAAUCAAACUGUUAUGUGUUAGAAAAUACUGUUUCCUGCUGCAGAUCUGAACACCAUGUCAGUUAAUUACACGUGAAUAUGUUUUUUUUUUUUUUUAAACUAAUUAUUUCACUGGUAAUUUAUUACACAGAACUGGCCUUAACUUACAUGCUUGAGAAUUUUAAGGUUCUGUUUUGUUUUUAACUAAUUUAUUUCAAGAAAAUAUGUGCACAUAACAGAGAUAUUCCAUAAACUCUGUAAGAAAAACAAAUGCAAAAUGACUUUUUUUCAAUAAACUUCAAUAAAC